CCGUUGCUAGCCUGUUAGCCACGAUAGCUGUGUCUAGUAAUCCUGACAGAAACAGCCAUUUCUACCCACCUUUCCGAACAAAAUCACUCGAGGGAGAUAUACUACAAGCCAUGGAGAAGAUGCAGCGCAUGUGGUCGUCUUUUGUAUCGCCUGAUAUCACCAGCUUUUGGUUAGAUGUCAAUGUCAUAGUUUGUAGCUAGGGCUGUCCAGUUAGCUCAGCUAGCCUGUGUGUGGUUAACGCAGGGCCAAGGCCAAGGCCAAGCGAGAAAAGGGAGCCGUCGGGCAUUUGCUCUGUAGGUGGUCACGGGAGGAGAGAAGAGGUGUAGGGCAUCAGGUUUUGGAUCAGAGCCUCUUCUGAAGUCGCCUCCACCAUCAUCUUAGUCACUGUCACCCUCAGUUGAGCCAUGUCUUCGUCAGGGUGCUGCCACCUACCCGGCUCUCUUUGUGAUUACUCCGGGAACGCAGAAUCUGAUGCCUCCAAGGAUUCAGAGGAGUCUGAUUCUACUGCACAGGCCCAGUACAUUGCCAAGGUUACGGCUAAAGAUGGCCGCCCACUCUCCACCGUUGUCAAAGCAGUGAGCUCGCAGAGUGAUGUGGGCAUGUGUCGGAUUUGUCAUGAGGGAGCUGGAGGGGAGACACUGCUCUCCCCCUGCGACUGCACUGGUACGCUGGGUAAAGUGCACAAGAGCUGCUUGGAGAAGUGGCUGUCCUCCUCCAACACCAGCUACUGUGAACUCUGUCACACAGAAUUCACUAUUGAACGACGGCCACAACCACUCACACAGUGGCUGAAGGACCCAGGCCCUCGCAGUGAGAAGCGCACGCUGCUGUGUGAUAUGGCCUGCUUCCUCCUCAUCACGCCCCUGGCAGCCAUCUCCGGCUGGCUGUGUCUGAGGGGAGCCCAGGACCACCUGCAGCUGAAGAGCAGACUUGAGGCUGUUGGCCUCAUCGCCCUUACCAUCGCCCUCUUCACCAUCUACAUCCUUUGGACACUGGUGUCAUUUCGGUAUCACUGUCAGUUGUACUCGGAGUGGAGGCGGACCAAUCAGAAAGUGCGCCUGCUCAUGCCCGACAUGAAAGGGGCGCACACCACCCAACGUUCUGUGCCGACCAAGUCGACCAAGAAAAUGACUGACGAGACCAUCGUAUGAGUGCAGAGCGGUGCCAAUGGGAAUAUUUAAAAUAGCACCCACUGAGGCACUCUCUUAAAAAAAUACAAAACAAAAAACCCCCCCAAAAUUAAUCAUAUUAAUGAACUUUUGCACUUCCUAUGGACCAUUCUGAGAGGAGAGAGAGCUACGUUCUCCUCCUGUUUUCUUUUAUUGAAGCACUUGAUGUAAACUACUACGGUCUUGGCCGACCACAAACAGUGGUUUUGGGAAGAACUCAUUCCGGAGUCAUAGUUGAAACACAGAUUUGUCACCGGACAGCCAGUGCUGGGAUGUGAAUGACAUGAACACAUGGACAAUGGACUGACCAGCUCAACUGUAUGUCUGUGACACAAACUUAUGAAAUACUAAGACACAAGCUAAUGUAGCAGGAUAUAACUGAAUUCAGCAUGCUACUACAGUAUAAUAUGAAACGUAUUCACUACCUAUAAUUCCCCCAUGCCCCUUCACAAUGUAUUUAGUUGUUUUUGAACAAUGGGCAGCCAGUAGCCCGGCAGGAUAAUAAUCGAAAAACGUGACUGACAAAGUCUAUCUGUGAAUAUUCAUUCUUGACAAGUAAAGGGCAACAGUUGCAAGGUCUUGUCUAUAAUCUGAACCCUUUUAAAUUUUCCUGGUAAAGCUUUAUCAUUGCUGUCUGAACGGUGAAAAUCAACUCCUCCUCCUGUUCAGACAAGCUAAGGCAUCACAUAUUUAUCACACUUGUCAUGGGGUCAGUGAGGAUUGUAGUAUAUGGGUAACACUCCCUGCAGCCGUCAAACGGAACUGCGGUGAUGUAAAAAGAAAUAGUAUUAAAGGUGUGGAAAGUGUUUACAUUCUAAUUGGAUGACAUCUCUACUAUUGUCAUAAAAGUGCAUUAGCAAACGGCCCUGCUCCACUUGUAAAUGCACCAUUCAUUAAUUGAGCUGCCUAGCAAUGACCAGUAGUUAUGUCCUACAUCACAAGAGAUGCAAUUUUAAAUAGACGAGAUACCAGUGUUCUGAAUAGUGAGAUUACAGACUUGUUCAAUAUAAAAGCAGAGAUGUUGCAGGCGGGUGCUCUGUGAAGGUGCAAAAGAGAAAUGUGUUCUGAGAUGUCGAUCGAUGUAUGCAGCAAAUGCUAACAAAGUAUUUUGUGUUAUUGUAGUCUUCCUGCUGCAUCCCCUGGAAAGUUGGGUUACUGUGCAAUAAAACACGAGGGACUCCUGGACGAAAUCAAUGUGGAAUGUGACUUGUCUGCUGGUUUUAGGUAUUUCAGCUACUAACGAUCUUCAUGUGGCCUUUGGAGAUAUUAUC